AUGUGCCACAAAACCACUGUGAGGCUCGGGUGUGGUCACAAGUCGAGUACCCUAUCCUCAAUCGCCUCCUGCCGCCGCCUCGCCAAGCUUCAGCAAGACGAGGACAAGACCAUUUGGCUGUUUUCUCGCUACAAAAAGCUUACCCACUGCGGUAAUCUUACCAGGGAGGAAUGCUAUGACGAGGGCCGGAUUUGCGGCUCUUGCUACGAGAAACGGAAGCAGGAGAAGCGCGAACGACGGGAGAGGGAGCAGAGGGAGGAGAUGAGGCGCAAUGAGCGGAAUGCUGAGAUCCUCCGUGACCGGGUUGAACAAGACCGUCGGGAGCGGGAGAGGAGAGAGCAGGAGAAGAAGAAGGCUAUGGAGAGGGCUGCUCGGAAGCAGAGGGAGGAGAUGGAAGAGGAGAGGAGGCGGCAGGAGAGGAGGGCUUAUCGGGAGGAGAUGGCCAGGAAAAGGGAUGAGGAGGAGAGGAAGAGGGAAUUUGAGAAGAGGGCGAGGGCUGAGAGGGCUGAGCGGGAGGCCAGGGAGAGGAGAGUGAGGCAGGAGAGGGAGGCGAGGGAGCGGGCUCAAGCUGAGGCCGAGAGGAAGCGGUCCGCGGAGCGUAAUGCUGCGCGGCAAAGGGAGAAGGAGAGGAGGCGCGAGGAGAUGGAGAGGGAGGAGACAGAGGCUAGGGAGAAGAAGAGGAGGGAGGAUGCUGAGCGUGCUCGGCGGACUGCUGCUUCUUCUUCUUCCAGACGGCCUGUCCCUCCCCCUGGCCGUCUUUCUGAGCGUCGCUUCUUGAACCUUGACGCUGAAGCUCGGAGGCAGCAGGGGCUCCGCAAUACACCUACACCUCCUCCUCGGCCUGUCCAAAGGGGCAGCGCUGCUGUCCCUCCUCUUCGUUUUGCCACUCGUCAGACUCAGAUUCCCGUCCAACGCGGUCCUCAAAGGCCGGUUCAGGUUGUAUCUCCCAUUCCCUCUCACUUUGCUCAGGCUGCGUUCAUUGAUCGCGGCUCCCCGGCCGUGGAUAGGUCCCAGCCCUUCUAUGGUCCUGGUCCCUCUCGGGCUCUUACUGAUCCGGUUGAUGAUAUUGUUAAUAGGUAUCAACAGCGUAGCCCUGUCGUUGAUGUCUCGGAGCCUUUUAACCCAGGCUUCAGGCAAGCUGUUAACCCAACUAAUCCUAAAACUAAUAGAAACCCCGGAAGGCGUAUUGGACUGGGCAUCUAUGUGCCCGGCUCCGAGAACCGUUCUGGUAUUCGUAGGUACUUUGGUCGUUUCACCCGUCCUUACCAGCAUGUUCUUGACAAAGCCAGAGCUAAAGGUAAAGGCAGAGAGUCCAAAGUUCCCUUUCCCCCUGGGAGCAACGUCACGUUUGAUGCUACUAACAAGCCAGACCGCAGCAGAAGAACCGAGCCAGGGCCGAGCUAUUCAGGCUCGCCAAGCUCAUCGUCCUCAAGUUCAGCUGAGUCCAAAGCGUCUGGUCUUCCCCCUCCGCCCGAGGGCUGGAGAAGGGAUCGUAACUACCAUCCCAGGAGUCCUGUGCCCCGCCCUAUGCGUCAGGGACCUAACCCUACAGCUGCUCAUCAUAUCAGGCCCAAUACUGACAAGCAGCCAAGGCCACCCACUGGCACCCUCUCGGCCUCGCUCAAGAGAGUUCUGGCGAAGUGUCCUCCUAAGACUAAAACUAGGAGGGGUAAGGUCUCGAGGUCGCUCAAUACCCUGCUUGCUGGUCGGAAGACUCCGUCUCCCCUGGCGGGCGCCCUUGAUGGAGUCUCUUCUUCGAGAAGGUGA